AUGUCCAAGGUAAUGCGAAGUGUCAAAAAUGUGACCAAGGGUUACUCUAGCGCCCAGGUCAAGGUCCGAGAAGCUACCAGUAAUGACCCAUGGGGCCCGACUGGCACUCAAAUGAGCGAGAUUGCUCAAAUGACAUACAACACAUCCACCGAGUUCUACGAAAUUAUGGAUAUGAUCGAUAAGCGUCUCAACGACAAGGGAAAGAAUUGGCGUCACGUACUCAAAGCCCUCAAGGUUCUGGAUUAUUGUCUUCACGAGGGCUCAGAACUUGUCGUUACAUGGGCUCGACAGAGUAUUUAUAUCAUCAAGACUCUGCGAGAGUUCCAAUAUGUUGACGAAGAUGGCCGCGAUGUCGGGCAAAACGUCCGAGUUGCUGCCAAGGAGUUAACUUCACUCAUUCUAGAUGAAGAGAGGCUGCGAGCCGAGCGAAGCGACCGAAGAUCCUGGAAGUCGCGCGUCACUGGCCUUGAGGAGUUUGCUCCCCAACAUGCUGAGCCUGUGAACCAUGGAACCCGACGACAGCAGCCGAGACGACAGAUGAACGAAGAGGAAGACGCUGAGUACCGUCUAGCUCUGGAGGCAAGCAAGUACCAGGAGGAGGAAGACAGGAAGAAGCGCGAAAGCCGACAGAACGGACCAGAUGACGAUGACGAUUUGGCGAAAGCAAUCAAGCUUAGCGAGGAAGAGGAAGAACGAAGGCGCAGGGAACUCGAGAACAGCAACGCUGCCUCUCUUUUCGACGACGAUCCUACUCCUCAGCAGCAAACCAGCCAGCCACAGUACACUGGCUUCAACCAAGGAUACCAGCAAGGAAACCCUGUGGACUUCUUUGCCAACCCUAUUGAGCAGAACCAACCCCAGCCUACUGGCUACAUGAACAACGCGUAUACUGGAUUCCAGCAGACCCAACCCACUGGCUUCCAGCCAAACUACAGCACUGGUUUCAAUGGCCAGCAGACAGGCAUGGGCUUCGAUCCCUAUGGUCAGCAACAGCAGCAAAACCAGCAAGGUUUUCAACCUCAGCCCACAGGCUUCAAUCCCUACCUGCAACAGCAGCAGCAGCCCCAGCAGCAGUCGUUCUCAUCACCUGCUUCUCCUGAACCUACUCUCCAGCCUGGUAGCAACAACCCCUGGGCAACCAACAACAACCAGCAGCAAUUGCAACCAACUCCCACUGGUUCCAACAACCCUUUCGCCCAGUUCAGCCGUCCUCAAUCCGCCCGACCAAACCCAAUUUCGUCUCUCGGUGCGCUUCCUGAACAGAAGAGCCUCAACUCCUUUGGCAACCAACCUCAGACUCAACCCCAGCUCCAGCAGCAGAACAGCUUCCCCUUGCAGUCACAAAAUAGUUUCCCUCAGUCGCAACCAUCAUUCGCCGCUCCUCAAAAGGAGAUGAAUGAGCACGAGACACGACUCAACACUCUGCUUGCGAGCGGUGACGGCAUGGACACCUUUGGUAACACAGGCAACCUUCGCAUUCCCGCCCAGCACACAGCCCCUGGCACAUUCGUCAACAGUGCCGGUGCAGGAGUUGCCCGCAUCAACGCUGAGGCUACUGGCAACAAUCCCUUCCUUCGACAGCAGUUCACGGGUAUGCCCACAGUCAACUAUGGUGCUCAGAUGCCUGCUGCGACUGGACCCGCUGGCAUGAAUGGACAGACGAACAAUCCCUUCGCCCAUCAGCAGGCACCACAGCAACAACAGCAGAACCACGACUUGAUCCAGUUCUAA